CCAUGAUUUUCUAUUAAUCUCUUUCCUUUCUUUUAUUUUUAAUCAUUCCUAGAAAGACGCAGAAAAUUCACGGUUCCAAAUUGACAUUGUUCAGAGUCCAAAAACCCGAAAGAGAGAUCGCAAGCAUGGAGCAGUUGCCACUUGAAUUGGUAUCAAACAUCCUCUCAAGGUUGCCAGCUAAAGACUUGAUGAAAUGCAAGUCCAUUUGCAAAUCCUGGUUCGAUCUCAUAACCAAUCCGUAUUUUAUUACCAAUUAUUAUGCUUUCUACAACGAUCUCAUUCGCCAUCAUGAGAAUCUUUUUGUCAUUAGAAGACCCUUUCUUUCAAGCCUCAAAACUUGCAUUUCUUUGCUUUCUUCUAAUGUCAAUCAUCCCAAAAAGUAUGCCUCUGAACUUCUAAAACCCCCCUCUGAAUAUAAUUCUGAGUACAAAUACUGGACAGAAAUCAUGGGUCCUUGCAAUGGCAUAUACUUCUUAGAAGGCAAUCCAAAUGUCAUGAUGAACCCUUCUCUGAGACAGUUUAAGGCUCUGCCUCAAUCCCAUUUGGCCAUUGCUUCACAAAACACUUACUCUAUCACAGAAUAUGGCGGGUUUGGGUUUGACCCCAAAACCAAUGACUAUAAAGUUGUUAUGAUCAAGGACAUCUGGUUACAGAAAACAGAUGAAAGACAAAUUGGGUAUUGGACAGCUGAGUUAUACAGCCUCAAUUCCAACUCUUGGAAAAAACUUGAUGCUAAUAGUGCUCUCCCACUUCCCUUCGAAAUUUGGGGUUCUUCUAGGGUCUAUACUUAUGUGAACAAUUGUUGUCACUGGUGGGGUUUUAUUGAUGACUAUGGUGUAAAAGAGAAUGUCGUUCUAGCAUUUGACAUGGUCACUGAAGUCUUCAGAAAAAUCAAAGUACCCAGAGUUUGUGCUUCUUCAGAGGAAGCUUUCAAAACUCUGGCACCCUUUAAUGAAUCUAGUACCAUUGGUGUCAUUGUCCACCCUGUAAUAAGAGAUGUGAAACACUACGACGUGUGGGUGAUGAAAGAUCAUGGGGAUGAAGGUUCUUGGAUGAAGCAAUACUCGGUUCGACACAAGGAAGUGAUUUACAAGGUUGUGGGGUUUUAUGGUAGCCACCAUUUUGUUUGGAACGAUGACAAUGAAGGACUAAUUCCUAGCUUGCAACAAAUAAAAGAUCUUCGGGUUUAUGGAAGGUGUGAGGGGUUAAGAGCCACGAGAUAUAUGGAAAGCCUCAUUUCAUUGCACAGGGGAAAUGAGUUUAGCAGCCAGUUUGUUUCGUGUACCUCGGUUUUAGACACUUUGGCUUUGCCAAAUCAGAGAAGGAAGUUCAUGGUUAGUUUGUCACAGAAGAUGAAGACAUUCUUGAAAAUAUGUUAUGAUGCAUUGGUUAAUACUUAAUAGGUUUAUUUUUUACCACAAGUAGUGAGAUAAUUAUGUUUGAAUAGGGAACAUCUAAAUAUUAAUGGAGCUAGCUCUACACAAGGUAACAAUGUUUGUGUAGUGAACAUCUAGCUAGCUCUACUAAUAGGUUUUCAUACUCCCUUCGUUUCAAUAUAAUUGUACACAUAGUGAAGACGCACACAUAUUAAGAAUGCAAUAAAUUUUGUUAACUUUUUAAAAUGUAUUAUUAUCUCUCAUCAUUUAUUUU